GUACUCACUUUUGUAGUCUGACGACGUUCGGAUCUAAACAUCACUCGGGGGCCACGUUUCUCAGCCGGUCAGCUCCCACUCAUACCGCCCGGCCGUUGCACUGCCGCUUCGGAUCACAGCUUCGUCGCACGUACUCGAUUCUACUUCCGCACGGAAACUCUUGCGUAGGUGGACGACAGUUUUCUUUGCAUCAAGCGACUACUUUUAAGGUAUUGUUCCUCGUCUCUCGACUCGCUCCUCGCUCCACCACAACGGUUCAUCUGGCUACCCGAUCUCCACAGCGUCCUCGUACUUCUCUCUACACCUAUACACAUCUCUCGUACGGAUCAUCAAUGUCGACUCAGCGAAUGCAACGCGUUCGCUCUCGCGCCGCAGGCUCUCUCGAUGAGCUCGCUCUUCACUUGGAGAAAAGACAAGGUGCUCUCACAGGCGUGACGAGCGGGUUGGAGAGCGGUGCUAACAAAGCAGGCGACAAGGCUUCUUCCUACACUUCUGGUCUUAAUCAAUGGGAAAUCCUGGCCGUCGCAGCAGCUGGUGUCGCUUUGAUCGCCCUCGUUUGCACUUGGACCUGGCUCGUGUGCAACAGAAAGCGCAAAGCAAGGGAAGCAGCCAAAGCAAAGGAGGAAGAGGAGAUUGCCGCUGCUGAAAAGCUGAGGAGGACAAACACCAUGACGCAGUCUUCUCACGGUCAUCAUGGAUCCAAAGAGUCGCAAUCUCAACGAAAGUCCUUGCUCGCUAAUGCAGCGCCUGCUGGCAUGGCCAGGGAGGACCUACGCGUCAACACUGCGAGCGCUGCCAAGAUGGGACAAGACCUUCACUCGCCACGCAGUCCUGGUCCUCGCGACCCGUUCCUGCCUCCAUCACCCAAAGGGCACCAAGCUCAAUUGGCGCAUUCCAACAUCUCCUCCGCCGCCUUUCACGCAUCUGCCGCUACGCCUUAUGCGCAACAUCACGAAGGCCCAUCGUACGGCAUGGAAGCUACGUCGCCCAACAGCAGACGUUCGUAUCACCAGGUAGUCUAUCCCGAUCAACCUCUGCCGCAAUCUGUGGACCUCCGAGAGCCUCUGCCAUUGGCCAUCUCUCGAUCACCUCCUCGCUCAAGCCAUGUGCCACUCCCUCGCGCCCCAGCGCCGCAGUACGGAUAUCAAGGUGGCAUGUCGAACCCAUACGCGGAAGAGCACACAUCGGCUCAUGAGCCCAUCUCUGCUUACGGCGCUCAGCCUGCGGAAGGGUACGGUAUGCCGAUGCCCCAGUAUCAAAGGCCCAUGUCAUACGGCCAGCCUUCGAAUCGGAUGUCGCAUUAUGGUGCUGCCCUCUGAUCAACCGUUCACAAAGCAGCAGCUCUCCGACGCCUUGCUUUGAAUAUACCAACAUCUCUC